UAUGCACUGUCAAACAUUGUCAGAUAAUAUGUUGUCAGUGUCAAAGUAAGAAAAUUAUUAAUGUCAUCAAUCAACAAAAUCAACAAUCAAGGUAUAAAAAUAAAAAUAUUCAAAGCGACCACUUUAUCAACUUUCAUAUCAGUAUUCGGCUGGAAUCCACAAGCUCUGUACCUAUUUGAGAACUAAACGGUUGAGAACUUUUGUUUCAACUUCAUUUUCGACAAUCAUGGCACCGCAGCGACAAGCCUUGUUACUAUCGUCAUCCAAUUGUCAUGGAUAUUCGAUGUUAGAGUUCGCCAAACAAGAAAUAUGUAAUAUCCUCGAAAAGAAUAAUGUCACUGAAUUAGUCUUCAUUCCAUUUGCUCAAAAAGACUAUGAUGGUUAUACGGCUAAAAUAAAAGAAGUUAUUGAACCAUGGGGUUUUGCUGUAACUGGAUUACACAGUUACUCCAAUUUAAUUGAUAGAAUUAAUAGCGCAAAGGCUAUUUUUGUAGGGGGAGGCAACACAUUUGUUCUUUUGAAAACACUGUACGAAAAAAACCUGAUUCAGGUUAUCAGAGAUAGAGUUCAUGAAGGCAGCCUUGUAUACAUUGGCAGUAGUGCUGGAACUAAUGUUGCCACUAAAAGCAUUCAUACUACAAAUGACAUGCCCAUAGUGUAUCCGCCUACUUUUGAAGCCAUUGGUAUUGUCCCUUUCAAUAUCAACCCUCAUUAUAUUGAUGUAAUUAGUGAGACACACAAGGGUGAAACAAGAGACCAAAGAAUCUAUGAAUAUCUAGAGACUGCUCAUUGUAACCCUGUGCUGGGGUUAAAAGAGGGAUCAAUGUUGCACGUUGAUGGGUAUAAAUUGACAAUAAAAGGAAUUGCUGGUGCAGUUCUAUUCCAAAAGACUGACAAGAAACCUUUGAUUAUUGCUCCAGAUACAGAUGUGUCAUUUUUAUUACAACAAGAUAAAGAAUUUUAGAUGUUGCGAGAUCCAUUAUAUUAUCGCGCAGGAGACAUCAAUAAUAAACAUUUUAUUUUUGUACUGAGUAUAAUAAUAUUAUUUGUUCUUAUGCCAAUUACACUGAUUAAUAAAAUAUUUUAGUGAAAAGAAAUAUAA